CUUUGUGAAACAUCAGAAUGAAAUUGAUUUAGAGUACGUAAUGUACCACCAUACUAUAGGUUGUGUGUGUGUGUGUGUGUGUGUGUGUGUGUGUGUGUGUGUGAUAUUUGCCUUUGAAACAUUUUUGCAUUGACUAAUAGCAUAGCUAAGUGGUGCCGCUCUGCACUGUCCUAAUGGCCAAGCAUGAUGUUGAAACUUUAACUGCUUUGGGCUGACCCAACAUCACACUCACUGGUUUGGGGGCUGUCUAGACACCACAGUCAAUUCUGUCUCAGGUUCCUCAGCAACACAAGACAAAAUCCAGGGAGACCAGCCAGCACAAAGUGGGCAUAUGAUUGGACAUAUCAGCCAUGCGGGACAGAGACCACGGCUGGAAGUUCAGGAGGAAAUGUUGUAUUGUGUACAGCAUAAACACCACAGGUCUCAGUUCUCAAUGAUGAACCCCCUGCAUGACCACCAGUGCUGCCUGCUCCUGUUCUUUCUGUUUGUACAAGUGCAUUUUCUUGCAGGCACAAAUGUGGACUUCAGAGUUUUACAAUCACCACCCAAUUUAACUCUUUCCAAGGGAGAGACUGCAGAAAUGAAAUGCUCUUGGAAUGGGCCAAAAAACAUCAGCCGAAAGGGAAGCUGGUAUAAAGAUAAAACGAUUGAGAAGAUUUCCUCAAUCUCCAAGAGGACAAUUAUCUUAUCUCAAAACAACUCAUCAACCCUGGUCAUUCACAAUGUAUCUAGUAAUGAUUCAGGUUUAUAUGUUUGUAAAGUUAUCCAAGAUAUACCGAAACUCAUUACAAACUUUGGAAAGGGAACACAAUUAACAGUGAAUUCACAAACUAAAACCUCCACUGAGAACCAAGAGGGUGUUGAAAACCCUGAAAACGAUAAAAAUGGACUUCCACUUCAACUCACAGUGUCUUUGGCUGUUGUUGUCGGUCUACUGGUGUUCAGUGCUCCUUUUAUUAUCUGCAGAUUAAAAAGAGCAGGAAAUAAUGUGAUCAGGGAGGCACCCAUCGAAAGUGAGGAGCACAGAGAAGAAGUUGAGUCCAGCUCUAACUCCUCCAGGGGUUCAACCCAGUGGGUAAGUCGAGGCUGGAAGUUAUUUGGUAGUAAACUGUCAGGUCAAUACUCACACUGUGCAUCUGCAUACAGUUGAAGUGAAAUGCCUACACUUGAAACUCUGUUUCUCGAGGUCACCGAGUAGCCUAGUGUCAGUACGAAAAGAAAAAAAAAACUAAGAAUGUUGCUACCUAGGUUGAGUUGCUGCAGCCAACAGCUAGGCAGCUACAGUGCUACAUUUUGAGGGCAUCUUUAAAAUCAUGCCCCCAAAGACUGAUCAGUUUGUCUGUUUAAUAAUGGUCAGGAACAGGCACAUGUGGUUCAAAUGGGUUUAAUUUCCUUAACUCAUGUAUGUUUUUGGUGUAGCAUGCAACCAAUCAAUGAGAGUCCCAUCUCUCAUUCCCUUUAAAAUCCAGACAUACAGUACAUGCGCCUUGGCACAUUGCUAUUAUAAUGACGGAUUUGCCAAAUGAACAUAUCUGAUAUGCUCUGAUAUGUAUGAUAGGGAUGUAGGAGAAUGAGACAGUCGAUUUGAAUCAAUGAAAUAAAUUACAUUCGUAUUCAGAAACUAUUGCCAGAAGUGUGUCAUCCCCUGGGAAAACAAAAAAGACAAACCAGUGGUGGUGUCAUGUUGAUAUUUUGAAACUGUAUCCUCAAAACACCAGAAGGACAGAGAUGAUGACUCCAAAAUAUCAAAAUAUUUUAGGCAAAGUAAAAACUUUGGAGUGACAAUCAAAAAGCCCUGUCCUUGAUCCAACUGAUAAUAUGUGGAACUAAAAAGGUUCUUGCAAAGGGGUCCACAUAUCCUACUUAAUUCAGUUGCACGACUUCUGCAGGAGGAAUGGGCUAAAAUUCCUGUUGUGUUGUGUGAAGUUUAUAGCCUGGAGGACCAGACCCAAUCUGAAAUAUUAAGGGUCUGGCCACGAAUAAUGUAAUGGCCCAACUCGAGGGGCGGCACCAAGCACACAUUUGAAAAUCUCACUGCACGCAAUUGGAUAACACUAUACGCUCAAUGUUAACUGACUAAUUCCGGACUUCGACGCAAUUGGAUAACACUACGUCCGUCAUCUGUUUAGCCAGAGACUUUCUAAUGUGGAGACACAGCACUCAAAAAAUACUCCAUAGA